UUUUUAAAUAUAUUUUUUGUUUUAACAUACAUAUAUGUAUUUGAAUAAUGAAAAAUCUUGAUAAACAUCGAUAGUCACAACGAUCUCCUUCCUAUAGUUAUCGACAUAAUACACAAAAACGUAAACAAUAAUUGCGACUUUGAGAAUAAAAAUCCACAUUAAAAUCUAUUUCAAUAUGGCUUCUGAUGGCGAGGACAUAACCAUAACUCCUACAGAAUCAAUUUCUUCAAUUACGGACACUGAAGAUGAGGAAGCCAGCGCCCAUCUUCAGUCUGAUUUAGAAUCUGAGGUAGAGGAUCCGGAUGUGGAGGAAGUGCCUGCGUCGAGUGAAGAUGCUGAUAUGGAUGAAUUAAUGCGACAACUGGAAGAUUACACACCCACUAUUCCAGACGCCUUAACGAUGCAUACUUUGCGGACUGCUGGCUUUACUACAGUAGACCCUCAAAUUGUGCGCCUCAUCUCGGUGUCUGCCCAGAAGUUUAUUUCGGAUAUUGCUAAUGAUGCCCUGCAACAUUGCAAGACAAGAACAACAAACAUACAGCACUCAAGUGGGCAUAGUUCGAAUAAGAAGAACCCCAAGGAUCGAAAAUACACGCUAGCCAUGGAGGAUCUAGUUCCUGCCUUAGCCGAUCAUGGCAUCACCAUGCGCAAACCACAAUAUUUUGUUUAGAGACUUUUUAAGGAAGCGGAUAAAUUACUAUCCGUAGUAAGUGAUUGACACAUACAUAAAUUUACAAUAUAUAUACAUUUUUAUACAAAUAAAGAUACAUAUUAUAUUUGGAAUAA